AUGUUUAUCCACCUCUCUACUACGUUCGUGGUUCUCCUCGGCCUGACGGCCCUUGUCAACGCUGGAGUGCCAGCUGCUCGCCACGCUGCUCCCCUUGACAAACGUAGCACUGUCGUGACGACCCGAGCCAAUUAUUUAGCACUUGUGCGCGAAGAGUCUCCAGAACCAGACCCAGGCAAACCAGUAGUCACUGGGCGUGAAGAAUCUCCAGAACCAGACCCAGGCAAGCCAAUAGUCACCGGGCGUGAGGAGUCUCCAGAACCGGACCCAGGCAAGCCAGUAGUAACUGGACGUGAAGAACCUCCAGAACCAGACCCAGGCAAGCCAGUAGUCACUGGACGUGAAGAGUCUCCAGAACCAGACCCAGGCAAGCCAGUGGUAACUGGGCGCGGACUCUAG